GGGUGUGUGAGUUCAACAUUUUUUACCUACAAGGAAGUCACGCGUUCAUUUGGUUAUUUGUGCGAAUCAAGUCGGGGAGUAGCAGCCAGGAGUGAACAGAAACGCUACAUGCUUUGAAAACAAACGAACUGACGGACACAUGCAGCAGGAGCAGCAUGGGAAGGUCAUACCUGUCUGUCAGGAUGAGAAUAAAGAGGCAUAAGGUCUUCCUGGUGUGCUUACUGGGGAUUUGUGUGAUUUCCUUCCUUCAUUACUACACAGCCCUGCACAGUAUUUCUCUGCUGCAGGAGCUCUCCUCUCCAUCCAGCCAUUUGAAGACUCUGAAGAUGUUGAGAGGUUUCUUCUGGAACUUUCCAACUGAUGACAUCCACUUCAAGCAAAAUGGUCAGAAAUCCAGCCAUCAGAAGGGUUUUGUUGACCUGCCAGAUCUUCCAGAUGCCAAACAGGUCGUCACAAACCUUCACCUUCAGAAGCAGAUCUUUGACCUUCAUGAUGAUUCCACACCAUUUUUUAUUCACACAGAGCCUGGAGCAGUGUGCUUCCAUGAGGGGACGGAUCUGGCUGCACUUGCAUCUCAUGGCAGGUUACUAAAACAUUACGAGGAGAGAACCCCCCUCAAAGAUGAUUCAAUUAACGCAGGCAAGAAGGAGAUUCGGUGUCCCUGUCGUCAGGGUUGGCAUGGCCCUCAAUGUGGCAUACCUACUGUUGUGUAUCAUUCCAAUCUCCCAUCAAAGUCGAAAGUCACACCCAGAAAAGUUCCACGUCGGGUCAUAAAUGCCAUUAACAUCAACCACGAGUUUGACCUCCUGCACACACGCUUCCAUGAACUUGCAGAUGUUGUGGACACGUUUUUGGUUUGCGAAUCCAAUUUUACAGCUUAUGGAGACGCGAGACCUUUGUACUUCCAGCAUCUGAUCCUAAAUGGAACGUUUGAUUACAUUAAGCACAAGAUUCUCUAUAUCUUCUUGGACCAUUUUCCAGAUGGUGGCCGCAUGGAUGGCUGGAUUGCGGAUGAUUACCUGCGCACAUAUUUGACCAAAAAUGGAAUGGCAAGGAUUCAGGGCCUCAAACCAGAUGAUGUGUUUAUCUUGAAUGAUGCGGAUGAGAUUCCUUCAAGAGAUGGAAUUCUGUUCCUUAAACUCUACGACGGAUGGACGGAACCAGUCGGGAUCCAUUUGCGUAAAUCUUUAUAUGGCUUUUUCUGGAGACAGUAUGGAACGCUUAAUGUCUUAUCUGCUUGCACGGCAGCUAUGCUUUUUAAGGUUUACAAGGGUGAUGGGAUUUAUCUUCGACGCCGGUCAUAUUAUACCAUGUCGGGAUUUCGUGAGUAUGAAAAUUCCACGGGACGUGUUCUGGUUCCGUGGGCCAUCGGAAGCCCUGUUCACUAUGCUGGAUGGCACUGUUCUUGGUGUUUCAAACCAGAAGGAAUUUAUUACAAACUCGUAUCAGCCCAGAAUGGAGACUUUCCACGUUGGGGCGAUUAUGGGGAGAAACGGAAGAUGAGUUAUAUUAAAGAGUUAAUACGCACAGGGGGUUGGUUUGAUGGGUCUGAACCAGACUACCCACCAACAGACCCCAAAGAGCAUAUGUAUGCUCCCAAAUACCUUCUGGACAACUAUGACAAAUAUCACUACUUGCUGGAAAACCCAUAUGCAAAAAAGUAACGUUAAUAGAGACAGGGCUGUUUCAAAUGGGUGGUUUUAAGCCCAUGCUAGAUUACGUGUACAGCAAAUGAGAUGAGCACAACUUUUUUUUUUAUUUAACUGUGCUGUGUGUACAAAGUACAACAGUCCUUAGGGUCAUGGCCUUCAAUCAUGCAUAGAGCUUCAGACUGUCACCAGGACUGGAAACUACUGGGCAUAGAUGUGUAAAUGUUAAUUAAUUAAUGUCCCUUCUAUAAGUUUAUUCACAAUAAGUUCCUUAUGUUAUGAUGCUGUUCAAAAAGUCUAUGCUUCAAUUGUAGCAUUUCAUUUAUCCUGAGAAGUGCUUAGUACAGUGUAAAAACCUGUACAAUGUACCGAUUGAUUGGCAUUAAUUAAAAAUCAGAAUAAUGUUCAGUGCAUAACUCCAUCGGCAGUUUUGAAAAUAUGUAAUAUUGAUCAAUUCUUUGUAAAGAGUCUAUUCCUCACGAACCUUGUUUUUAUCUGCGUUAAAUUGUGUCUAUUGCUGUGAAGGAAUAUUUUAUAGUUCCUAUAACUUUUAAAAAUGUUUUUAAAUAACAACUGUUAAUUAUUUUAGGAAUUACCUAAGCACCUAUAGGAGGUACCAACUGUUUUCCCUUUGUCUGUGGUAACAAUUUGUAGCACUUACAACUAGGCAUGGGCCGGUAUAAGAUUCUGACGGUAUGAUAACCUUUGGGAAAAAACAUCAUGGUUUCAAAGUAUUGU